AUUUUAAACUUUCACUUGUAAUAACAAUCCCUUUUUUGAGUUGGCCAUAGCGCUAGCGCUUCCGUUUUUCAAGUUGGUAGGAUGCUAAUGUUUUCCCUUCAGUAGAAAAUGAAUUAUAACCUAGAAACUGUACGGGUUUUUAUAUCGUUUCAUAUCAGCAAUUUUGAUAGCGCGUUUUGUUAUAUUAGAAAGUGCUUGAUUAGUUGCCGAUUAUUGUUGAAGAAUGGAGGUUGUUUUCGUGGCGAUAAAGUGGCGGCUUCCAGAUGUUCAUUUAGUCAGAAUAUUGAUAUUAAGUAACAAGGUUUAAAUUAGUAACAAAGAUACCGUUAUGUAGAUAACGAGAAAGGAAAGAUUAUAUUCGUAGUGAUCACACGGGGGAAUGGAUAGACGGAUUGUGGUAGGCGCAACAAGCGAAUGCGAAACGUGGCUAUUGAAAGUUGGUGCUGCACACACAUACAGUACGUUCGCGAAGCUGUCGUGUCGAUAUUUUGUUUACAUUUGUUCGUAGUGUUUGCUAAAAAUCAUGAGCACUUACAAUAAGUUCAAAACGCGACUGGAUCACACGAAUCAGAUCCAUUUACUUCAGUUCUGGGAGGAAUUAACAAACGAACAGCGAAAUGACUUCGCGAUCCAACUGGAAACAAUCGACUUUGAGGAAGUCAAUCAUCUGUUCCAAAACGCGAUGGCCAGCCUAGAGGAAGAUUCCGCCAAAAUAGACAACCGCAUGAAGCCCAUACCACCGUCACAAUUCGAAUCGGAAGAAAACUCACAUCCAGAAACAUUGGAAAGGUACCGAAAUAUUGGAUACGAGGAAAUUUCCAAAGGGCACGUCGGAGUACUCCUAUUGGCAGGCGGUCAAGGGACAAGGCUCGGCGUUACCUAUCCCAAAGGAAUGUACUCUGUUGGAUUGCCGUCUGGAAAAACCCUCUUUCAAAUCCAAGCCGAAAGGAUUAGGCGAGUGGAAGAUUUGGCGAGCGAAUACACGGGGAAACACGGUAAUAUCACUUGGUACAUUAUGACCAGCGGUCCCACUGAAGAAGCCACUGAACACUUCCUCAAAAGUCACAACUACUUCGGACUACGGCCGGAAAACGUGGUCCAAUUUGAUCAAGGGCUUUUACCCUGUUUCGAUCUCAGCGGGCGCAUCUUCCUCGAGAACAAGAAUAAAGUGGCCUUGGCUCCAGACGGCAACGGAGGCAUCUACCGUGCACUCCGCGACAAGGGCAUCCUGAACGAUCUGCAACGACGGGGAAUUCGGCACCUUCACGUCCACAGCGUUGACAAUAUCCUGGUCAAAGUGGCCGAUCCCGCGUUCAUCGGCUAUUGCGUUGACAAAAACGCGGAUUGUGGCGCGAAGGUCGUGCGAAAAUCCAGCCCAUCGGAAGCAGUUGGCGUCGUAUGCCAAGUCGACGGCCGUUUCCAGGUGGUCGAGUAUAGCGAAAUCACGGAAGAGACUGCCAAUCUCCGCGACGAAGAGGGAAACUUAGUAUUUAGCGCCGGUAGUAUUUGUAAUCACUACUUUUCGACCAAUUUUCUAAACGAAAUCGCCGCGAAACACCUGAAAAAGCUGAAACUACACGUUGCCAAAAAGAAAAUACCGUUCGUCGACGAAAACGGCGACAAAGUCAAGCCGGAUAAGGCCAACGGAAUUAAAAUCGAAAAAUUUGUGUUCGACGUCUUUCAGUUUAGUGACCAUUUUGUUACGUGGGAAGUUCCUCGCCACUCCGAAUUUAGCGCGUUGAAAAAUUCAGACGAUGUUGGAAGGGACUGCCCGUCAACCAGCCGGAAGGACUUAUUUAGUUUGCAUAAGAAGUACAUCGCGGCCGCCGGCGGAACCGUCGUCGGUGAUAUCGUCGAAAUUUCGCCGCUGGUGUCGUACGCGGGCGAAAGCCUAAACGAGAAGGUCGAAGGUAAAGUCUUUCGCGAACCCGUUCUCGUUAAUUACGAAAAGGCCAUCACCAACGGGCACUCCUAACUCGCGGCGCGCGUGGUACUUCUUGCAUACUUUUCCAUUCCUUCUUAUUGUUUUAUCUAUUUAUGAAGUAUUAUAUUUUUUAUUGGCAAUAAUUAUAUUACCUACUUGUUAUUUUAGCGUAAAUACUCUAUUAGAUCAAUGCCGGUCAUUGUCUGUACCAGCACUGCUCGGAAUAUUGAUACAUUUAUAUUAUACACUGUGCAAUAAAUCGCAAUGUUUGAUACUU